UAAAUUCCAACCCUCCACUCGCCCACCCAAAAAGGACGAUCGGAAUUCCCCUCUCUUUCUUUCCAAUCGAUCCAUCCACCACUCCAUAUCCCCGCAGUACACGAGAAGACAUGGCUGAAGAGUGCGCCGAGAGCUCCGUCGCCAUCGACGUCACGGCCGUGCAGCCGGGCAGCUGGUGGCAAGAUCCCCAUGGUAGCUCUAUAUCUCCUCCUCCUGCAUGGAUUAACGGUAGCAGCCACAACCCGUGGGGCCACCAUCACAACCAAAACCCUAGCUCCAACGAUUCUCCCUGCGAUGAAGCCGUCUCGAUCUCGUCCUCAGCAUAUACCAACACAUCGAUCCACUCAGGACUGACAGUCGAGUCCUCUGGCCGGCUUCUUGAGUCGACUUCCUCGCCGAACGAGUUGAUCGGGGAGCAUCUUUCUGACCAUCAUCUCUGGAACCACGUGCUGCUAAGUGUCGGAAGCGGCGGAGAUCUACAUAACAACCAGCACGACGUGCCCGAGAACCUCCUUGAUUCUCUUUCCUCCAAGACCUUGUCGAACCUUAAUAGCUUCGAACCACCGAGUGCAACCUCCUCGUGCAACAAUUUCUUGAAGAAGUUAGGCAACAUUUGGGACUUCCCAAACGCCAGUCUCAGCGGGUCAACCUUCAUGCAAGGCCAGAGGUUUAGCUCGAAUAAUAAGCUGUCCAACUCGGUCAGCGACUGGUCGAUUGCGCCUCCCGACCCAGAAGUCAACCUCCCCUUCGACUCGAGCCCCAUGUCAUUGGGCUCCUCUUCUACGUGUCAAGCUCUGUGCGGGUCGCCGAUCCCACGCACUCAAUAUGGCAGCGAACUCGAAGCAUCAGUUGGAACAGCACUGUUCAGGAGAUCGCCAAGCGUUUACAGUAGCAACAAUAUUCUUGGAGAAGGGUUUGGGCCGACGAACACGUCGAUGAUGGCAGAUAAUGGUAGAUACUACAGCGGGGUGACCGGUUCCUUGUGCAGAGGCUUCGAUGACGAUAAUACAUCACCGUCUUUUAGCAGCAGAAUAGGGAGGCGCUUCAAGACGUUGAAUUUAUCUGACUGUAAGAUCAAGCCUGUGUCAUCUCCCCCGGUGAAGGCCAGCAUGAGAGGACCGGGGAACACAAGUGAGGGCAAAAAGAAAAGAUCAGAAGACAGUUCGGAGGCCGUCGCCAAGAAACCCAAGCACGAGAGCUCAGCAGUUUCAUCUUCCAAGAUGCAGGUAACCAAAGUCAAGCUUGGGGACAGGAUUACAGCCCUUCAGCAAAUUGUGUCGCCGUUCGGAAAGACCGACACUGCAUCGGUUCUAAUGGAAGCGAUCGGGUACAUAAAGUUCCUCCAAGAGCAAGUGCGGCUACUAGUGAGCAACCCCUAUUUGAAGACGAAUCCCCACAAGGAUCCAUGGGGAGCGUUGGAUAGGAAAGAGAUGGGAGAUUUUAGGGUCGAUCUCAAAAGCAGAGGGCUUUGCUUAGUCCCGGUCUCGUGCACACCUCAAGUCUACCGUGAGAACACGGGGUCCGACUACUGGACGCCGCCAUAUCGAGGGGUUCUAUAUAGGUGAAAGAGUCUCGCAUGCAUAUAGAAUAACAGCUUUGAAUUAGUCGAUUCCUUAGAGGACAUAUGCAAUCAAUAAGCUCACUAUGUACUUUGUUAUCAAAUUGGACACAGGAGUGAUGGUAACUUUGAAACUCAAGCUCUGAGUAGUUAAUUGUGGCAACGUUGUAGUAGGUAUUGGCUUGUUUUCACCCUCUGACCUAACUCUCUUGUACAAUAAAAAGUUGGAGGCAGUAAACCAACUUCCAUAUUUUACAAAUAUAUUUCAUCUCUAGUCACCUUGAGUUGGAA